AGAGGCAAGUUGCUGUCUGUGACUGCCCCUCUUCUUCUUCUUCCAAUUCUCUCUCUCUCUCUCCACUUUUAUCUCGCUUUUGUUUUAAUUCUCCCCCUUUUUUCUGGUUAAAUCACCCACUUCGGUUAUUUUCCAGAGCUUUCUGGAGGAUGUUUCACUGCUUCUAGCUACAAAUAAACAUCAACUGGAGAUCAAAUCCAAGCAGUGUUUCAGGGCCGAGUAUUCUGCGCAAGGAAACUGUAAAAAUAGGGGAUAUCAUUGAGCAAACAUUGGAAUUUCUUUUAAAAGAGAAUACAUAUAUAGAGAAAGGGGGGAACUGGGUGGAUUUGAGAUUUGUUGAAUAACUGGUUUGCAUAAGCUUGGGUUUUCCUUAUCGAGGGUGUGGAAUGACAAUGUUUUAAGAGAUAGGGUGUUGUUGUAGCUUUAUUUCAGGCCAUCUCCGGGAGGGAGAGGAGAUUCUAGAGCAUGAACCAGAGGUCACCGUGGAAGCGGAUAAUAGCGAAGAAAAGAUGGAUGUCAACAAGAUUGAGAAGAGGAUGUGUAGGGAUAGGAUGCUAUUGAAGCGGCUGAAAGAGGAUUAUUGCCGUGAAAAGAUGGAUGUCGACAAGCUUGAGAAGAGGAUAUGGACGGAUGGGAUGCUAUUGAAGCGGUUGAAAGAGGAUUAUAGCGACGAAGAGAUGGAUGUUGACAAGCUUGAGAAGAGGAUUUGGAGGGAUAGGAUUCUGAUGAGUCGGCUGAAAGAGGACUAUAGCAAUGAAGAGAUAGAUGUGGACGAGCUUGAGAGGAAGAUGUGGAGGGACAAGAUGCUUUUUAGGCGGCUAAAAGAGCAAAGCAAGGGGAACCAAGGAGUUGACUAUGAAAAUCAACGUCAAACCCAGCGGCAAGCAUGGAGGAAGAAGAUGUCAAGGGCACAGAUGAUGCUGGAUCAAGGAUUAUACAACUGUGAGUACUCUCAAUGCUUAUAUCAUGAUUACUUUGGCUUUCCCGACAGGACUUCCAGAAAUAAUCACCAGAUGAAUUGUGCAUACGGUUCCAAUCUUUCCCAAGCUUUUGGGUUGCCAAGCUUUCAGAUUAACAACGACAAACCAGCAACUCCUCAACAAAUGAACCAGUCAUCUCAUUUCGAUGUUAGUGACCUUGAUAUUCCAGAAGAUGGCAUGAAGAAAAUCUCUGACCUUCUGUCUUUCUAUGACACGCUUGUGCAGCAGAGGAACAAAACUUUGAAUCCUGAAAACAUUCCAGUUCCCACCAACAUGGAGAACCACAUUCAGCCACAGCAAAAAUACCAAUUUCAGAUGGAUGAUAUCUUCUUUGUUCCGGGUGUUGUGGGAGGCAACAUGUCUGAGCAUGCCAAUAUCUCAUCGCAACGAGUGGUUUUCCCAUCAACAGAGGUUCAAUUUGAUCAUUGCAAGGUGUUUGAUUCUCCAUUAGACAAUAAUCCCAAUGAUAAUAUUGCAGACUCAAGAUUUGAUUCACCCGCUAACAUGUUACCCGUCAAAUUUCCUGUGGACACACUGCCAAAACAGGAUGACUCCCUCUGAAACUAGAACAAUAACAGGAGGUUUUUACUGCAUCAGUCAUUUGGGUAACGGCAGUGUAAUGUCUCAAGUGGAGGUUCAUCUUUUCACUAUUCUGCUUCUGCAUUAGUAAGAUCUACGAGGGUUUACGUCUAGUAUUCACUCAACUUCUGCAGAUGUUUGACCUUUAGAGAAACCGGGUUUCUCAAGUGCGACUUUAUUUAUUAGAGUAUACGUUGUCUAGUUUUUUUUUUUUUUUUAAAUGCUGUAUAAGGUUUAAUUAGGAACUGUAAAGAAUCCAGCCAAGUAUUUGCUGCUGUUGAAAGGUUGGGACUUAAUGUUCGGCUGUUACAUAUUAUUAUUAUUAUUAUUAUUCCUCAUGAAACUGCAUUUAGACUGGUUGCUGAA